UUGUAUCUCACAGCGGCAGCAGAAGCAGCGGCAGCAGCAGCAGUAAAACCAGUGAUUUUAUCGACUCCCUCUCGCUUCUCCUCUCCCUCUCCCGCAGUCCCGCACCCUCUGCCGGUCUCCCUUUCCCGGUGUCCCCUCUUCUCCCACUCUCUCUCUCCCCAUGCCCGGCCGGGCCAUGCCCCCGGCCCGUCCCCGGCCCCGGCCGUCCCGCCGCGCUCUCGCCUCCGGCCGGCUCUGGCCGUGCUGGCGGCGGCGCUGCUGGGCGGGCAUCAGCGCCUGGGGCUGGGGCGGCAUCGCCGCCCUUUGGCUCCGCCCGGCCCGAGCCCGGCCCCGGCCCCGGCCCCGGCUCCUCGCGGGGCCCGCGGAGGACACAGGCGGCGCGGCCGCUGCCGCCGCCUCCGCUGCGGCUCGCCCGGCCCGAGCUCCGCCGCUCGGCAGCGCGGCCGCCGGCCCCGAGCUGCCGCUGUCCCGUGUCAGGGAGCGAAGGCCUGGCGAUGGCCGGCCCGGGGCGCUUGAGGGGCGCUCGGGGGCCGGUGCUGGCCCCGGGCCGAGCGCUGACAGCCACGUCCCGCCCGCAGGGAAGGCGCAGCGGGGCCUGAAGGAGCAGCACCGGCUGGGCUCGCUGCUGGGGCGCGGCGGCUUCGGCAGCGUCUUCGCGGCCACGCGGCUCUCGGGCGGCGCCCCGGUGGCCAUCAAAAGGGUACCACGGAAGCGCGUCCGGCACUGGGGCGAGCUGCCCGACGGCACCAGCGCACCCCUGGAGAUCGUACUGCUGGCCAAGGUGUCCACUGGCUUCCCCGGUGUGGUCCAGCUGCUGGAGUGGCUUGAGCUCCCCAAGGACAUCUUGAUGGUGCUGGAUUGCCCGCAGCAGUCUCAGGACCUGCAGCAUUUCAUUCGGGCACGGGGCUUCCUGUCCGAGGAGGUGGCGCGGGAGCUGUUCCGCCAGGUGCUGGAGGCCGUGCGGCACUGCACCAGCUGUGGGGUCCUGCACAGGGACAUCAAACCAGGGAAGAUCCUGGCUGACCUGGCCACCGGGCAGGCCAAAUUGAUCGACUUUGGCUGUGGCACCUACCUGCAAGACACAGCCUAUCCUCACUUUGAAGAGUGCCAAGACCUGAUCAGGCGGUGUUUAUCCAUGCUGGACAUGGAAAGGCCUUCAUUAGAACAGCUCUUGUGUGAUCCUUGGAUGCAGGAUAUUCAUCUGCCCUGGAAGAAGGGAGAGAGCCACGGGCACACUGUGAUGCAGGGCCCUGCCUGGUCUCACCCCAGGGAAGGAGAAGGAGCCCCUGGAGAAGCUGUGCCAGGUGGGGCUGCUGCUGCUGGAGCCAGCGAGGAGCACAUCAAGGAUGACAACCUCUUCCGGGACCUGGCCACUGGCAAGCUGAAGAUGAUAGACUUUGAUUCUGGCACCUUCUUCAAAGCCAGGCUCCACAGGGAAUCUGCAGAUGAAGGAAGCAUUUUAGGUGGGCUCCAGUCUGGAUUGGGAAGUGCUUGGGACCAGCUGCGGCGUGGAUGGCCGUGCCCUUGGAGAAGGCUGAGGACAUUGUUUGGGACCAGCUUUUCUUCCAGCCCUGGAUGGUGUGAGCAGGAUGAGCUCCAUGAAUCCCCUUGA